AUGGUAGACCAGUGGACGCCAUUGCAAAAGGAGAUCAUCUCAGGGUUGACGGCAGGGUCCAUUACUACACUGGUAGUGCAUCCUUUAGAUUUACUGAAGGUUCGUUUGCAGCUAUCUGCUACGAACGCACAGAAGGUUCAUUAUGGCCCCUCCACGGUAAUUCAGGAAAUUGUACGUUCGUCGGUUAGUAACAGGCAUCGAACGUUGAACGUUGUAAAUGAGCUGUAUCGCGGAUUAACCAUAAAUUUAUGCGGAAACGCCAUUGCAUGGGGGGUUUAUUUCGGUUUAUAUGGUGUCACCAAAGAGCUGAUCUACAAGUUAGUGGCAGGGCCCGAGCAAAGCCAGCUUAAAGGCGCUAGCAAUGACCACAAGAUGAACUCGCUUAUCUACCUGUCUGCUGGCGCUGCCAGUGGAUCGAUGACGGCCAUCUUGACCAACCCUAUAUGGGUUAUAAAGACAAGAAUAAUGUCUACAAGUAAGGGUGCUGAAGGGUCCUACACUUCCAUAUAUAAUGGUGUUCAGCGAUUGCUUCGAACGGAGGGUAUCCGGGGCUUGUGGAAGGGACUUGUACCCGCAUUAUUUGGUGUUUCGCAAGGAGCCUUAUAUUUUACUGUCUAUGAUACUUUGAAGCAGAAAAGAUUGCGACGGAAAGAUGAAAAUGGCCAGAAUAGUCAUUUAACAACCCUUGAAACCAUUGAAAUCACAUCGUUGGGGAAAAUGAUCUCUGUCACAAUGGUUUACCCAUUUCAACUAUUAAAAUCAAACUUACAAAGUUUCAAGGCCAAUGAACAAAACUUUAGGCUCCUUCCAUUGAUAAGACUGAUAGUUGCUAACGAUGGCUUCGUGGGACUUUAUAAGGGCCUAUCGGCAAACUUGGUACGAGCCAUCCCAUCUACCUGCAUCACGUUUUGCGUUUACGAAAACCUCAAACACAGGUUGUAG